AUGGCUGAUCCGCUCUCCAUCGCGUCUGGAGUUGCCGGCUUGCUGUCAUUGGGUAUCGAUGUUACCAAAACUCUAGUCGAUUUCUACUCAGCAUACAAGGAUCAAACUCCUGCUGUGGCCAAGACCAUGAUGAAUCUUGAGAGCCUCCUGGGCAUCCUCCGGUCCCUUGAUGGCGCGGUACAAAAUCGCCAACCUCAGACGGAUGCCCUACUCCAAGAGAUCGACAAGGCAGCAGUGGCAUGCCGUGGGGUCAUCGAGGAAUUGAGGGACGAGUGCCAAAAAUUCAAAAAAGAUCCCAGUCUAAGUCUGAAGGGCCGAAUCCAAGUUGCCGGGCACCGAGCAACUUAUCCACUUCGACAAAGCACUCUUCAAAAGCUUGAAGAGAUCAUCGGGGAGAUACGAGGAACAUUGUCUCUUGCAUUGAAUGUGCUACAGCUUAGAAACCAUACUGGGCUUGAAGAUGGGAUAUCAGAACUCAAAAUACUUGUGGAACAGACAAGCACAUUCCAGAUAUCUGCUACAAUCCGUGAUUGGCUUAAGGCCCCAGAUGCGACGAUUGAUCACAAUGCGGCAUGCGAGAAACGCCAUACAAAUACAGGACUAUGGUUGGUCAAUGGCCAAGAAUUUCAAAAGUGGCUGAUUGAGCCUAACUCAUUUCUGUGGAUUAAUGGCUUCGCUGGAUGUGGCAAGUCGGUCCUAUGUUCGACGGCAGUCCAGGCAGUUCGACGUAUGGUCCGUGACAGGCAACAUCAGCCUAGCAUAGGAAUCGGAUUCUUCUACUUUUCCUUCAGUGAUGAGUCCAAGAAGGAUUGCUCCGGCAUGUUACGCGCAUUGUUAUUGCAGCUGUCGGCUCAGCUUGAAGAAGGCGAAAAGGAUCUACGAGCACUGUAUGAAUCGUAUGAACCGGGUACUCCACCAGUGAAAGUCCUGCUUAAUUCCCUUAAACAGACCAUCAGCAAGUUCAGCGUUACCUACAUUCUGAUAGACGCAUUAGACGAGAGCCCCAGAGACGAUAAAAGAGAGUACGUCUUAGAUGCGGUAAAGAAAUUCCGACAGUGGGACUUGCCCACACUCCACCUCCUCGUGACCAGUCGUAACGAAUUAGACAUCCGCUAUUCUCUGGAAACUCCCUCUUGCGAGGAUAUCUCAAUGAGGAAUCCAGAGACAGAUAUGGACAUCCAAAACUUCAUUUCCUACGAACUUAGCAAUGACCCCAAGCUUCAACGAUGGAAAUCCCGCCAUGACGAUAUUCGAGAACAGCUAAUGGAUAAGGCACAAGGAGUAUUUAGAUAUGUCGAAUGUCAGCUCCUUGCACUAAAACGAGCUAGGAUCCGAAAUGAGCUCGACAAAUGUUUACGUUCUUUGCCUCGUGAUCUGGAUGAGACAUAUGAACGGAUGCUGUGUAGCAUCGACGAGGAAUACAGUGAAGAAGCACGGCUGAUAUUAACUUUGCUUUGUAUGUCUAAGCAGCCACUCACUGUGGAGGAACUUGUCGGCGCCCUUGCUAUUGACCUUACCAAGUUGGAAUUGGAUCGCGAUGGUCGAUCAUUUUGCCAAGACGAUCCUAUCGACAUUUGUCUCGGUCUGAUAGAGGUCGCAGUGAUUGAGGACGAGUAUGGAGGACUACCCAGUACAAUUGCUCGUAUAGCGCACUUCUCUGUACAGGAGUAUCUUGAAUCAGACCGGAUUUCCCAGCAAGGUGCAGCAAAAUUCGCGAUUCGAAAAGAAGCCGCCCACACAGAGAUAGCUCAGAUCUGCCUUGCUUACCUCUUGGACCCAACGCUCUCAAAUGGAAAAUUAGACGAGCCAAAGCUGGAAAUGUUUCCCUUCGCUCAUUUUGCCGCUGUGCAAUGGUCCUAUUUUUACAAUAAUUCUGGGAACGGGAAGUCCGACAUUGAGCGCCUGAUUUUAAGGCUAUUUAGGGACCAGAAAGAGUCAUUUCUGACAUGGGCACGGCUGUAUGACAUGGAUCUUGGGAUGUAUGAAAGCGACUGGGAGCGUGCUGCCGAGGAAAUCCCGUCGCCCCUAUACUACGCUGCCCUUUUGGGGUUGGUGUACGUCUCAAGCGCGCUUAUAGCCCGCUGGAGGGACGAGUUCAUAAUGUAUGCCGAAGUCAAUGCUCACAGGGGCGAAUAUGGCACCGCGCUCCAGGCGGCAGCAUCUGAAGGCCAGGAGAAGGUGGUGCAGAUCCUGCUAGACUAUAGCGCCGACGUCAGUGCUCGAGGGGGUCAUUAUGGUAACGCGCUCCAGGCGGCAGCGUAUGGAGGCUAUGAGAAGAUAGUUCAGAUCCUGCUAGACCAUGGCGCCGACAUCAAUGCUCGAGGGGGUCAUUAUGGGAACGCGCUCCAGGCGGCAGCAUCUAGAGGCCAUAAGAAGGUGGUACAGAUCCUACUCGACCAUAGCGCCGAGGUCAAUAGCAACGGGCUCCAAGCGGCAGCAUCCGGAGGCCAUGAGAAGGUAGUGCAGAUCCUGCUAGACCAUAGUGCUGACAUCAAUGCUCAAGGGGGUUAUUAUGGUACCGCGCUCCAGGUAGCAGCGUCUGGAGGCUAUGAGAAGGUGGUACAGAUUCUACUCGACCAUAGCGCCGAGGUCAAUAGCAACGGGCUCCAAGCGGCAGCAUCCGGAGGCCAUGAGAAGGUAGUGCAGAUCCUGCUAGACCAUGGUGCCGACAUCAAUGCUCAAGGGGGUUAUUAUGGUACCGCGCUCCAGGCAGCAGCGUCUGAAGGCUAUGAGAAGAUAGUUCAGAUCCUACUAGACCAUGAAGCCGACACCAAUGCUCGAGGGGGUCAUUAUGGCAACGCGCUCCAGGCGGCAGCAUUUAGAGGCUAUGAGAAGAUAGUUCAGAUCCUGCUAGACCAUGGCGCCGACACCAAUGCCCAAGGGGGUUAUUAUGGUACCGCGCUCCAGGCGGCAGCGUCUGGAGGCUAUGAGAAGAUAGUUCAGAUCCUGCUAGACCAUGGCGCCGACACCAAUGCCCAAGGGGGUUAUUAUAGUAACGCGCUCCAGGCGGCAGCGUCUGGAGGCUAUGAGAAGAUAGUUCAGAUCCUGCUAGACCAUGGCGCCGAUAUCAACUGGUCUGGACCCUUGGGAACCGCGCUCCUGAUCGCGUCAGAGAGAUGUCAUGAGAUGGUGGUCCAGGUCCUGUUGGAUAACGGCGCCGAAGAUGCACCAGUAGUGGGUAAAGAUACCGAAAAAUCAUCUGGAGAAUCUGCCAUGUGGGCAUCUUGUGUAGCACUGCCUCUCGACAUGAUAAGUGACACUUUUGAGCGUGCGAAGUGGGUGAGGAAGCGAUGA